AAAUAAUUUGAGCACAGGUACAAGCUACAGCAUGUAUUGAAGAAGGAGUGUUGGAAUAGCUGAACUGAUGGCUGCUGUAAAUGAAAGUGACAGGAUCAAAUCACCUAGUGAUAAUGACGUUGUGCCUGUUGAGUCGUACCUGUGCGAGGAGGAUCACGACUGUGUAAUAAUACACGAAGUAUUUGACGGUCAGGCACCGCUAGAGAAGGGAGAGCGGGAGCUGGACAAGGCUAUGGUGGCAAAACACAGCACCAUCGUUAUAGAGCCUCAUCAGCUAGGUGAAGAAUGUAUGAGGUACAUCAGAGUUGGGAACGCCCUUCACAAGGUCUGCGUCUUAUCCGGAGUCACCGCUCUAGGUGUUUCCGGUUUCAAAUGGUCGUGGUCGAUACCGUUCAGUGCCCUAACUGUGGGGUGCGCUGCAGUGUACCAAUUCAGUUGGCAGCACGAUCCAGCUUGUAAAUAUCAGGUAGACACUGCUGGUCACUAUCUUCACAGGAUCCCGCUGGAUCAGCUCACUGCCUCUGCGCCGAUUAUCCUCCUGCGACGCGACGACCGCGUCAGGAAGAAACUCCACAAUACUAUUGCGGGUGCUUGCGGCAUCCUUCUGGUUUACCAGCUUUUUUCAUACGCUACUAGUUGAGUGCUGCAUGUUGUAGCAGUGGUUGUUGGAAGUUAUAAGUUGAAUGUUUUAAGUACCUAUGUCUAGAUUCCUGGGCUUAUUGCUUUCUUGUAUUUUUGAAUUUUGUUAUUUUCCAGUUUUCCGGAUUAAGAUAAAUCUCAGAAAAUGUUUUUCAACCAUGGAUGAUAUAACUGAACAUGAAUAUUUGAGCUAAGUAGAUGUUAGCGCGCUGCAGGAAUUAUGACAAAUGCCUGAUUAUUUAACAUAAUCGGUCUGAACGAGGAGAUAUAUUACAUUUUGUAUUCAUAAGUUUAUAUCAUGGCUCUAGUUAAUUUUUAAGCUUACCUAGCGGUACCUAUUAUAUGAUGUUAUUUUUUAUUGUUAAACUGGAAAUGUAAACAAUUCAUUCAUUGCCACCCAAUUAGGUUCAUCUAGGAAUCUUGGCUUAUUUAA